GCCCGGGAGCGGUCAGAGCUGCCGGGGCUGCCGGAGGGAGCGAGCGGCUUGUGCUUGACAAGGUGGAUUUGUACUUCAAGUUUUUCUUCUUUGAGGACUUCCUGCCCUGGUACAGUGAUGUGGUUCUUGGAAAAGAUUAGAGCAUCACACGAAAAUGGAAGCCUCCCUAGUUCCUCCUUCCUGGGACUGCCACCUGGCCAAAAUCUGCCUGACAAAGCCCGAAUGGGGGCUGCUGCUUUUCCUAAUGUGCUCACCCCUGACAGAAUCCCUGAAUUCUGCAUUCCCCCCAGGCUGACCAACUCUGGUCCUAUUAAGGGCACUGGCUCCCACCAGGACCACAAUUCAAAAGAUGCAAAUCCUAAUUCCUCUGACUACAGCCCCAGCUCUUUACCACAUCUCAUUCAGGUGGAAAGUGCUGAAGAGAUCCCAGCUCUGGAGGAAGAGAACACCAACUCGGACCCACAGUCCCAAGCAGCGCUUUCCCUGCCUCACUUUCCCAGAGCCCCCACUUCCUAUGGCUUCUGCACUUUGCUAGAGAGUCCCCACACCAGGAGAAAGGAGUCCAUCUUCCAUGGUGACCCACGUGGUGCCCUGCCUAGCCUGAUGUUGUCUCGAUCCAGAGCUAACACAUUCAGUGGCAAAGGGAAUAUGUCUAAUCCCAUCACUAUCAGCUUUGCUUCUGUGCGGCUGCCUCCCAAGAAUCUCUCUCUGCACAGGCAAGGUGCCUGUGACAGUGAUACUGCCUCCUCCAGUGAUUCCUCUCCUUUCAGUUCUCCUCUUCUCAGCAGAUCACCUCCCAGAUCCUGCCCCCUGGUCAAAACACAAAGUCAGGAGGGAUUACUCUGCCGAGCCCUGAAAGCCAAGAAAAAAUCCAACAUGGCCAGGAACAAUUCUCUCUCUACAGAGGAGAGCAGCUCCACUGAUAACAGCCCCAGGGCCAUCAGGAGAGCCUCAGAGGGGCUGCUUGCCACACAGCGCUUUAGCAUGUCCUGUUCUCCCAUCUUUCCCCUGGACCUGACCUGCAGCCGGGAGAGACUAGUGGGAGAGAGCACUGUGGUCAUGGACAAGGGAGGCAUGCUGAGGCUAUUUGCUGAAUACUGCUCCGAAAAUGAAAGGCUGCGGAUCCGCCUGAUCAGUGCAGAGGGGUUAUAUGAUGACUCUGUAGAGCCCAGAACCAUAAACUGCUGUAUCACCUUCUCCCUGGUGCCAGGGAAAACACAGAAGCAGAGAAGCACUGUUAUAAAGAGAAGCAGAAAUCCCAUCUUCAAUGAGGACUUCUUUUUUGAUGGCAUUGCAGAGGAAGAGCUUUACAGUCUGUCUGUAAGGAUGAAGGCAAUGAAUAAAGGGUGUAAUAUGAAACGAGAUUACACCUUAGGAGAACGGGAGUUGUCUUUGAUGAGUAUGUUGUCAGUGUAAUACUUCAACCAUUCAAACAGACUGAUUUUUGUCUUCUGAAAGUUUUAUACUAAAUAAAGUUUUGGGUUGACUUUUUAAAAAUAA